CGAAAACUCAGGGCAUGAAAAUACAGUGCAGGUGGAACGUUAGAGUUCAGUAGCUGGAAAAUGGCGGCAUCGAAAAGUCAACGUUGGAUGGUUGAUUCGGGGAUCCUACGUAAAAAAAAUGGAGAAGAGGAGCCGCAGGAGCUGUUGGUGUUUGGAUACAGCUGCAAAUUAUUUCGAGAUGAUGACAAGGCGAAAAUGAUUGAUCAAGGAAAGCAUUUGAUACCAUGGAUGGGCGAUAACACGUUGAAAAUAGACAGAUACGAUGGACGCGGAGCACUGGGGGACUUAAGGAUAUACGAACCACCGCCGGGUGGGUUCGAUCAGCGUACUAUCCUUACGGAGGAAGAACUCAAAGUGGAACAACUGUGCGACGAGGAACGGUAUCGGUCUCUUUACAACAACGAUAUCGACGAUUCGGUAUAUCAUGAGGAAGAAAUGAAAAGACUGCAUCAAGCCCUAGAUUCAGAAAAUACGUACAGUCAGGUAGCGUAUAAUUACAACGAAGAUGGAAACGGCUCGAAAAUCGCAUGUGAAGAUUCUCAAAGUCCAAAGCAGUCCGAGGAGUCCCAAGAAGAGGAUCAGGCAUUCGUACCACCACCUAAUCUGGAAAUUCCAGAGGGUAUUCAAUUGCCGGAAACACAAAAACUGAACGCCAUCAUAACAAAAACGGCGUUGUUCAUAAGUCGUCAAGGGGGCCAAAUGGAGAUCUUGAUUAAAGCGAAGCAGGCAAACAAUCCACAGUUUUCGUUUUUAUCGAUAGACGGACGCCUGCACCAAUAUUACAGAUUCAUACUGGACGCGAUCAAGAGCGGAAAGUACAAUCCCGAAAAGCAGCCCGAGAAAGAGGAAUCUGAACACGAAGAAGGAUCGUCGGAUCAAGAUGACGAGUCGUAUCUCCAUCCGAGUCUGGCACCGUCUUUCACCAAGAUAGAGGCGGCUCCAAGUAUUCCAAGCAUACAGUACAAACCGUCCGCAGAUUGUGCUUAUUCAAUGCUCGUAAACAAAAUCACGGGGAAACCACCGCCCUCGAAGACGCAGCAACCGCCUGAAACACCUGUUCAGCUACCAGCUACUACUGUAGGAUAUUAUCACCCCGUUCCUGGACAGAUUUAUAAUCCUUAUCCGGCACCCGUACAAUACUCUCACGGGCCUGUGGUAUACGGACCAAACGGUCAAAUACAGUCAACAGGUCAGCUGGCGGCUGUGAAUCUACUACCGUCUAUAACCGACGCUGCUGUGACGCACUCGUCGACCAUCGAACCCCCGUCGCCGUUGGUCCCUUACGGGGCCACACCUCAGAAGCAGUUGAGCAGACCGUCGUUUAUCGUGCCCCCAGCGGAUGUGCAAAUAGUCAUCGAUAAAAUGGCUAGUUACGUGGCGAAGAACGGUAGGGAUUUCGAGGCAAUCGUAAAGAACAAGGGUGAUCCGAGGUUUAAUUUCCUGGAGCUGUCGCACCAGUAUCACGGCUAUUACGCGCACAAACUGACGAUAUACGAGGGCGCUGUAAAUCCGAAGGUGUUGACGGAAGAGGAACUUCUGCAGAAGCAGGAACCGCUCGAGGAGAAACAGAAGAAACUGGAGGAACUGCAGAAGAAACAGCAACGAAUGGAGGAAGUGCAGAAAAGGGUGAAAAUGAUUCAGGCAAAGAAGAAGAGCGACACGAGAACCAAACAGGUCACACCGGGGGCUAAACAAAUCACCACGGUAUCGUUCUCGAUUAAGAAACCGAAAGAUGGAGAAACGGGCGUAAUCGAGAAACGGAAUGCUCUUCCAUUGGAGGAGAGCGACGACGAGUUGGAGAAUGAGAACAAAGACUCGAACUCGAAACCGAACUCGCCACCGAACGAGCAAAAUUCCGCGACUAGCCUUGGGGCGGAUAGAGAUGCCUGGAAGUCGGAUAAGAAGUCGCGCAACGAAGAAAAGGAGUUGGUGGAUCUUACCGACGAGAUUCUCGAAGACUGCCAGAAGGAAAUCAGGCACAAGCAGGCUGAAGAUAGAAUCAAAGAUAAACUGGUCGCGGCAGCUAGGGACAAACUGGCUGCUACGUCCAGAGAAAGACAGUUACAAUUGGAGAGGAAAAAGAAAGCGGCAGCGUUCUUAAGUCAAAUACAGUCGUCUGUGUUGUCGAAAGCCAGUGGAACUGCCAUACAAUCCACGCGAAAAGAUGACUCGGAUGAAGUGCAUUCCGUACCAUCGCCGACCCCUUCACUGUCAUUCGACGACGUGAAGUCAUGCGAUUCCAGAACCGGCGGGAACUCGUUGAUGGAGAGAUUGAAGAGCGCAGACCUUACCGGUAAAAGAUCCAGGCCUCGAUCAAGAAGUCCAGACAGCAGUCGAAGUCACAGCGAUAGACAGAAGUAUCACAAGAAGCAUAAGAAGAAGAAGAGUACUCAUAGAAGCAGCCAUGACAGUCCAAGCAGUUCUCGAUCACACAGGUCGAAGAAGAGCAAGAAGUCCUCUUCGAAGCAUAGAUCGCGAUCACGAACACCGUCCCGAAGGCAUCAUCAUAGCGCGCGACGAAAGGGCAGCAAUUCGUCGUAUUCCGAUUCGAGCUCGCCUUGAAUCGUUAUUUCGAUAACUUUAUACGUGUAAAAUUGUAUAUACACCCAUCGUAUAUAAACAACACUACAUAUGUACUCGCGGGUGUCUGCUCUGCUGCUGCGGCCAUUAUCGUAUAGGCUAGACGAUAAUUUUAAUACAACUUUUGCCCAAGAAAGAAAGCA